AUGAAGGAAAAUAACCCAAGCAAGAAGUACUGCGAACCAUGCUCUGAAUUUCCAUGUGCUUUUGGAAAGGAAUACUACGGUAGAGGUCCGUUUCAGAUACGUGGGAAUAAAGUUUAUGGAAAGCGUGAAAAAACGACACCUCUUAUGCCAUCAUAUGGCCACGAAGUUAUGGACGAAACAUGGAGUCCUUCUCCUCUAGAUAUUUUGCUAAGGUGGUAUCCCGGAUAUGGGAUGGCGACAUAUUGUGGCAUAUUUGGAGUUGAUUAUGGAGAAGAUAUUUCAUGUUAUGAUAUGAAAACACAAUCCAUCAUUAGCUCGACCUAG